UUCUAGCAGCAUAGGUACCGAAAAGCUUUUUUGACUGACAUAAAAUAUUUUAUAAUCUAAACAAUUUAAUUGGUAUUCAACAAAGAAUACUAUCAAUAUAACUUUUUUGUAUAUAUAAUGAAUAAAUUUACACAUAACCUUUCUGGUACAAGUUGCAAGUGAUGAAAAUAAUGAGAUAAUAAAUAUAAAGAAAUAGAAAAAUAUUACAUUUAUAUGAGGAACAAAAUAUAAUUUCCCAACAUGUACAAAAGUUUGUUAUUCCGAUGUUUUAUUCAAAUAUUUUAAGGUCCCCAUUAAGACGUAUACAAAAAGAAUUUAUGCUUCAAUUCUCUGAACUAAAAAGUAAUGCGUGGGAAAACCAAUGGAGACAGUUAUCAAUAUCAUUUGCUUGCUAUAAGAAGAGAAGACCUGCGGAGGAAAAGGCAAUAGAGAACCAUGGCAGGCAGGUGAUACGGUACUCCCCAAAGGCAGGGUCGGAGGUGGUGGGCAUUUGGCGUAACAUGACAGUGCAAGACCUCGCUGCUGUGCUCAACCGGGAUGUAGAUCAUAUUUACAAAGCCUUAGAGUUUGCAGACAAGAACUCUGACGCCAAAUACACACCCAACACCGUGAUCCACAAUCCGCAGAUAGUUCGUGACAUUGUCAAGAUCUGCGGCUGCCGGUUUAAAACAGUGCCGCCUCCCGACCAAGAGGCUGAGGAGGAAGAGAACAAAGACGCGGUCCCAGCGCCCCCCGCGCCCCCCGAGGCGCUGCGGCCGCGGCCCCCCGUGGUGUGCGUGAUGGGCCACGUGGACCACGGCAAGACCACGCUGCUGGACGCGCUGCGAGACACCUCAGUAGUCGACCAGGAGUUCGGGGGGAUCACGCAGCAUAUCGGGGCUUUUGAAGUGAAGCUGGCCAGCGGCGAGCGCGUGACGUUCGUGGACACGCCGGGCCACGCCGCCUUCUCGCGCAUGCGCGGCCGCGGCGCCUCGGCCACCGACGUGGUGGUGCUGGUGGUGGCGGCCGACGACGGCGUCAUGGACCAGACCGUGGAGUCCAUACGCAUGGCCAGGGACGCCAACGUGCCCAUCCUGGUGGCGGUCAACAAGGUGGACAAGCCGGGUGUGAACAUUGAAGCCACGCUGCGCUCGCUGGCGCAGCACGGCGUGGUGUGUGAGGCGCUGGGCGGCGACGUGCAGGCCAUCCCCGUGUCGGCGCUGAAGAGGCAGAACCUGGACACGCUGGUGGAGGCGCUGACGCUGCAGGCGCAGCUCAUGGAGCUGCGGGCCGACCCCCAGGGGCUCGUGGAGGGCGUGGUGCUGGACGCGCAGCUGGACCCGCGCACCGGCAAGCGGGCCACGGUGCUGGUGCGGCGGGGCACGCUGCGGCGCGGCUGCGUGCUGGUGGCCGGCGCCGCCUGGGCGAAGGUGCGCGUCCUCCUGUCGGCGGAGGGCCGGCCGCUGCCGCAGGCGGGCCCGGCCACGCCCGCCUGCGUGCUGGGCUGGCGGCAGCUGCCGGCCGCCGGGGACGUCGCGCUCGAGGUCAGCUCCGAGAAACGCGCAAACGAGGUAAUGCGCUGGCGGCACAACCAGCGCAUGAAGGAGAAGCAAGCGACGGACCUGCCGGCCAUCGAGGAGAAGGAGGCGCUGCACCAGCAGCAGUACCAGCAGCAGCUGGCGCACAAGCGCGCGCUGGGCCGCGUGCGGCUGCGGCCGGCCGGGCCUCGCGGCAAGAUGCUGCGGCCCGACCUGCACCCCACGCUGGCCCUGCUCGUCAAAGGUGACGUGGACGGGUCGGUGGAGGCGAUCCUGGACAUCCUGGAGACCUACGACGAGCACGAGCGCGUGCGCAUGGACCUCGUGCACUAUGGAGUCGGCCCUGUCACGCCCAACGACAUAGAGAUAGCGGAAGCGUUCAACGCAGUGAUCUACGCGUUCAACGUGGAGUGUAGCGCGGCGCUAGCGGCGGAGGCGAAGAAGAAGAACAUCGAGAUCAAGCAGCACAACGUCAUCUACAAGCUGGUGGACGACGUCAAGCUGCAGCUCAGCGCCCGCAUCCCCGUCACGCAGCGCGAGGAGAUCCUAGGUGAAGCGAACGUUUUGCAGCAGUUUUCAGUGUCGGAGGGCAAGAAGCGCGUGCCGGUGGCGGGCUGCCGCUGCGUCAAGGGCUCGCUGCAGCGGAACGCGAGGUACAGGCUCAUCAGGAACGGACAGGUCAUCUAUGAUGGUAAAUUAGCAUCAAUGAAGCACCUGAAGGAGGAGGUGACGACGGUCAAGCGCGAGCAGGAGUGCGGCCUGCGGCUGGAGGACGCGGCCGUGGCCGUGCGGCCGGGGGACACGCUCGUGUGCUACGCCACGAGGGACGCCGCCGCCGCCACCGGCUGGGACCCCGGCUUCUAGGGGCUACGCUCGUGUACUGCUGCACUUGUAUACUAAAUGUUUAUUAUUACUUUA